AUGAAAGCGGAGCGAGUUCGUGAUGGUAAAUACAAGCAGAGUGAAGACAGAAUAAAAGAGCGCUGAUACAAAAAGCGGAAUAAAAACAGCACUGACACACACAUUCAAGCACUGGCGGGUGGAUUUGCUGACUCCGCCGAUGGAUGAUGAGGAGGACGAACAGCUUCCUCACUGCUGUGAAACACCGCUAAGAAACAAGAGCUCAGAGAACAGAGACGGGAGAGGUGGAGAGGUGGGACAAACAGCUAACAGACACGGACGCUUUGAAGACAGAUCAACGCAGACUGCCAGCUCUGUGCUGAAUUCAGUGAGAAACGGAGAUAUGGCACCAUUCCAGGGUUUAGAGGGAGAUGCAUCAUCUCCCUGCAGAGCUGUGGAUGCCAGGACUGCAUUUGGGGUUAACUGUGGAACCGGGGGCCUUGCGUCACUUACUAUGGCCCCUGGGGCCUCAGAAGGGCCAAGAGCACUUUUUCAUGGAAAUGCUGGAUUUCGUGCACACUUCCCCGCACUGUUUGAACCCCUCCUGGAUGGCACACAAAACGCAGAAGAGGACGAAGGGAGACCAGAAGAAAAGGAAGACGAACGUGACGUGGGAAUUAGUGUGGAGAUUCAGAUUGGACGUAAACUGCGUGAAAUGGGGGAUCAGUUUCAGCAGGAUCAUCUUCAGCUGUUCACUCAAAGGGGCCAGAUGGGUUUGUUCCAGCUAGUGACGACGCUCUACAACUUCCUUUUUCCUCAUGAAAGACCCCAAAAUGCAAGAGCCCAGAGAUGAGAGGCCACGGCGCACCUGUUCAGGUGUUCCUGUUCAUUUGGAGCUCAAAUUAGUUUUACACAGCACUGUAAGAUUUGCAAAGAUCUGGAUUUACCUGGCUCUAAAAGAAGGUUGCCGCUGGUCGGAGACUUCCCACUUUUUUCUGAAGAAGCCAUUCUCAAAAUGGAGCGUUGGAGGAAAUUUUCUGCAGGUUGCAUAUCAAUAUGAAGAUAUUAAUAUUCUGCCUUAUGUUUCCCCAACACGUUCACAUAUGAGCGGAUCUUAGCGCCUUAAUAAAACCCUCAGAAGAAGAAAGAACUGCUUUAAUUGGAACAAACUGUGAGAGUACUCGAGGUCAACAGCAUUUGAGUAUUUGUGCUGACUUGAAUGCACCUACUGAACGCUGAUGCAUCCCAGAACGGCUUAUGCUUGAUUCACUGCUGUUAACAGUGUUAUUGGGACAGAGUUGAAGGACAGAACGGACGUGACGCGACACAAGCCAGAGGCCAGUAACAUUCUUCUUAAAGGACCGACACGGAACUGAAAAAAAUUUGGUCAAAUGCAGAAAAACAACUUGAACAUCAGGUUUUAAUACCUGUAUAACAAUGAUGAGCCAUUUCUGAGAACAAGGAGACAAAUAUGAAUUUUGUGAUUUUUAAAGGGUCAUGUUUUCUCAUUAAGGGAGAAUGUACCAUAAAAUUAUUUAAUUUACAACAAUUUUACCCUUCUGAAAUAUUAGUUUGCCUUACUGUUCUGUUCUGUCAUAUAUCACUGGCAUUACAUAAUGACAUGAUUUCUCUCAGGCACUGAAGUAUUACUUGAGAUAUCAAUGUUUAAAGCAUCUCUUUAGUAAUUAGUGACAUUCAAAAUGUGCUCAAAGAGCAAUACACCAAAUCAUCUUCUACAGUACAACUCAAGCGAUAAAUGCAAUCAAUAAUAUCUAAUCUAAUCUACAAGUUACCAUAUAAGAACCUAUUAAAGUUCUAGUAAGAGUUGUGUUGGUAUGUAUAUGUCAAUCAAGUUAUUAUAAAGAGGUUUUUAUUACUGUAAUUGUCUAGAGAGGGAAAGUGUCCUCUGGAUAGCUUAAAUAGUUUAAUUAAAGGGCCAGUUCGCCAGAAAUGAAUAUUACCGUAUUUGCCCGAAUAUAAGAC